CAUUUCCUACACUAUCCAAAAUGGCGACGGGUGCACUUUUCGGUAAUGCGAGCGGCCGCUCUCAAAGUAAAAAUCUGGUUGAAUUUCGUGCUGGCAAGAUGUACAUGAAGGGCAAAAUGGUCCACCCUGAUAAAAGAAAGGGUUUGGUAUAUGUGUAUCAGUCAGACGACUCGUUAAUGCAUUUUUGUUGGAAAGAUCGGACAAGCGGAAGUAUCGAAGACGAUUUGAUCAUAUUCCCUGAUGAUAUAGAAUUCAAGCAUGUGAAACAGUGCACAACAGGGAGAGUUUAUGUGCUUAAAUUUAAGUCCUCAACAAGAAAGUUUUUCUUUUGGAUGCAGGAGCCAAAGACUGACAAAGAUGAUGACAAUUGCAAGAAAGUGAACGAAUUUCUAAACAACCCUCCUACCCCGGGGUCCAGCCGAGGUGCUGGUGGGUCUGGUACUUUACCAUCAGAUCUUGCCAAUUUAGCUGGAGAUUCCGAUCUACAAAGUAUACUUGGAGGGAUGAGCCAACAACAGUUGAUGCAAUUGUUAGGUGGUAUGAAUAUGGGAGGGCCCGGUGGCGGUCUCUCUGCAUUAAUGGGCCGUCCUGGUAGUGUCCAAUCAACAGCCUCAGAACCACCUUUAAGAGUGCAGUCGUCUCCGGGAACCAGGGGUGGAUCAUCUGACACGCCCUCUCAGCCACGCCCUGUGACAGCCGCCGCCCUACCAUCCCAGAAUACUACAACAACGUCGGCCACAACUGGCAGCACAACUACAACAUCAGCUGGUCAGAGCUCCAGUGCUAACAAACCUGCGAUACAGUUGAGUGAUUUACAGAACAUACUUUCUAAUAUGACUGUACCAGCUGAAAAGGAAUGUAAGGGGGGUUUGCUACCAAAAUCAGAGGAGGAGCUUAGAGCUACAAUAACGUCCCCUCAGUUCAAACAGGCAUUGUCGUCGUUCAGUUCGGCACUACAGUCGGGUCAACUAGGACCACUGAUGACUCAAUUUGGUCUUGGAGAGGAUGUAGCUAACGCUGCGGCACAAGGAGAUUUGGAAGCAUUUGUGAAGGCCAUGCAGGUACAACAGAAAUCGAAAGAAGCGAAGAAAGACCAGCCAGAAGCUAUGGACCAAGAUUAGAAAUUUAACUUUUGAUUUUCAAGUUUAUUGGGAAAUGUUACAUUGUGAUUUCCUGACAUUUUGAAUUGAUGAUUGGAUAAAGUUUGACUUAGUUAUUAGAUCAUUUUGAUGAAUGGACAAUGUUUUGUGAAAAUAAAUACACAUGAAACUUUUUAAAUCGUUUGUUAGAAAGUUCUUAUUUCUUGUUGUAUAAAAAUUUAAAAGAAAUAUCAAAAUAAUUUACAAGUGAAGUAUUAAGAAUUAUUUAAUUAACUAUAGUUUAAUGGUUCUUGUGAUGUUGGUUUGAAAUUUUUCAGUUUUGAAAUACAUGUCAAACUUGAA